CUGGUCUUCUUAGGGUUCUCAACAAACAGCUUGGACCAAAGAAAACUGUUCAACUCAGAUUGAUCGAGGAGAAAUGGAUGGACCUGGCUUUACCAAAAGAACAGUUUGAUGACUUGGUUAGAAUUGGAAGUUUUGGUGGUGAAAUUGAGUGGAACAAAUUUUUUGCACUGGCAUGUUCUGCUGUAGCAGAGAAUAUCACAGCGGCUAUGAAGACAGUAUGCGAGAUUUUAACGGCAGACCCCGAGGGUGGUGCAGCAAGAAUACCUUUCCAAUUGUUUAAAGAUAUUUACACUUACCUUGCACAGAUAGAUGGGGAAAUCUCACAAACACAGAUUAAUGAAGUCUUUACAUAUUUACAAUAUGAUGUGGAUAAACAAGACAAGUAUGUUAUGCCUAGAAACUUUUUGAGCCCAGAGUGUCCUAAAAUGGGGUCAUGAAUUACUGCAUUUUGUGAUAGACAUUGAAAUGUUUCAUAUGUUAUUUAAUGAUUUCUAAUGUUGAAUGUUUGUUACAUGCUGUUAUCUGAUGGGCAGUUUGAUUAAUUGAUGGAUUUAAAUUAUUUGAACAAUUCACUAAAAAAUUUCAGACAUUUUAGAUCUACUAGAAAUAACCAGUUAUUGUUACUUGUAUGUGGUUAACGAUAUUUGGUCGAUAGAUAUUUUCGAAUAAAGUUUAAAAUAUCUGUUUAAAAGAAUAGUUUUUUAUCUGCAAGCAAAAUGUUUUGCAAAAAAUAUUUACAGAAAGAAUUGAAGGAAUUACAGAGAUAAAUGUAUGAUAAUUGUGAUUUUUAUGGAGUUUGAAUCAAAUAUGUAAGAAUAUAGAUAAUUCUUGUGCAAGCUUUUACUCUCUGAUAAUGUAAGCAUUAUAUGUAUCUUUUCAUCGAUGAAAUAAAAUAUAUUCUUUCA